AUGCAAGAUCGAGAUGCACAACGCGUCUCACCUUUUCACUUCCGAGGACUGCCGGCGUGCAAGUCGCUCAGAGUGACGGCCCGCGACAAUGGCGAUGUGUGGUCAAACCUUGACCUGCGAUUGCGAGCUCCGACGAGUCAGAACCCACCUGAAGAGGUUCGCGGUUCAUCUCGCCCCACGUGCGAGUGGCAUGCUGGCAUUCAUCAGGCGGGGCGGGCGCAGAGGGGGGCCGAGCGUGCAUUGUCUCGAAGGCUAUGCACGACGCCCCCGCAUGGGCUCGAGCUCGGGCGAUGGUAUGCAGUGGGCACGGAAGAUGCUGCCGCGCUCCUUAUCCCCAACGUCAGCUUGGGAGGCUGGUGUACAAAACCCAGGCCGCCUGAUCUCUGCGCAUCCAUUCUUACCACUUCCAUCUUCUGCUACGCUUUACCGUUCGUUAUGGCUGACAAGACGAAAAGUGCAGCGCUUGUCAUCGACACGCGUCGACCACGAGCACAGACACGGUUCGGUACACCGCCAGUUGCGGCGCAGUCGACUCCUGACACCUCGCGAUCUUCGACCACGCUAUGGUACAGCCAGGCUGAAACGCCUUUGACGCACGCCACUUCUCCACAUGCCCUUGGCGGUGUGACUUUGCUUUGCGGGGCUGCACCCGAGUCUGCGGAAAGCUGCGGGUCAGAAUGGCUGCUGGGAAAGAUCAACGAGUUUCUCGCAGAGUCUCCCGAGGCUGAAGAGACGAUUGCCGGCCCGUGGUUGGGCGAUUCGCAAGUCUCGCCCUUGCGCAUGAGGAUGCCGAGGUCACCUCUACGGAUCGAGGCUGGCCUUACUUCGGCGCUGUUUUAUCGGGGGUUCUCCAAGUCGAAUGCGGGACAUCUGGACGCUGCACCGUUUCCAUACAGCCCGACGGUUGAGGUGGCGACGGUGUCAACUGGCGUAAGAGUCUCGAUGGAGUACGGAUCAUUGCGGUGUAUCUCGAGAGAUGAUAUGCUGGGACUGCGCAAGGAAGAAAACGAGUCAAGAAGGUAUUCGAGGCUCUCGCUUGGUUCGGUGUACGUCGAUCGUUCAGACGAGGCCGAGGAUGGAGGAAUCACAGCAAGUACAGUCGAGACUCCGCCGGUACAGAUGUCACCGGUAAGCCUGUCUUCCGGCUCGUUGUCCUCUGAAGACAGUUCCGUCUCCAGCCAUUUGGCUGCCGAGUCGUGUCGACCUAGUUUGUCUCCAACGAUCACCAUCAUUCGGGACGCGACGGUGACGCGAACCAAUCGAGCUUGCACAGCGGACAAGCCCACACUGUUUGCUCCGGCUGCACGCGGGUUGUCGCGUUCGGCAUCGGUAGGAUUCCUAUCCGCCCUGGGUAGGGCGCGCAAAGUGUCGGUCUCUGCCUCCAACACGCGGCCGAAGCUGGUUCGUGUCGCCACCACCGACGCACUGCGCCAUCCGAGCACCGACUCUGACGCGCGUGCAGAAGAAAUCAACAUUGCACAGGUAAAGCAGGCGUUGCCGACAAGCACCCAGAUCGUGGCGGGCCGCAAGAUGCACAAGCUCAAACAGCUGCUCGGCGCCGAAGUGGAAGAGGCACUCUCGUCCGACUCCCACAGCAUCGACACGACAAAGCCACUCCCGAAACUUCCACGGACACGACUGCAGCGCAGCGGGACGGCAGUCACGUUGCCAGCGCUGCACAGAGACGGAUCGGUGCGCGGCUGGUCGGCGAGCCGCACAUGCAAGGCGACUGUGACGGGUCGUCCAUCCAGUGCGCGCGAUUCACGCUGCACAUGCCCCGCGUGCAAAAUAGGAGGCUCUCCCCACGCAAAGAUGACCGUGCUCCUAGGCGGAAAUGGCUCGACGUAG